CUGAAGAACCUCCUGGUGGAGAUGCUUCAUCACAGAGACAUCUGAGAAUCUUCUGAUUGUAGGAGAACAAGCUGGUGUUCAUGGGUUCCUCUUCCAUCGCAGACUGAAGAAGAACAGUCUCCAGUAGAACAGAGUGAGUCUUACUGACACAGCUGUGAUGUAAGAUGUUGUUAUGUUCACCCUCGGUUAUGUGACGUGGAGGUGGGAGGAGCAGGAGGAGACGGGAUGCUGAUAAUCUCUGCAGUGUUGGGUUAUAAGAGGAGGUGGGGGUCUGCUGUGGUUCUUCAGAGAACGCUGAAGAUCCGGACUCAAACAUCGGCUCCACACCAGGACCUAUCACCAUCAGGCUGUGACUCCAGCAGCAGCUUACAGACAGGAACCCGAACCGUAGAACCGAGCGACCGACAUGAACCUCGACGCCCCAAAAGAGAUCAAGUCAGCCACGCGUGUCAGUGGAGGCCCCGCCACGCCACGCAAGGGCCCCCCCAAGUUCAAGCAACGGCAGACUCGUCAGUUCAAGAGCAAGCCCCCGAAGAAGGGGAUCCAGGGCUUUGGUGAUGACAUCCCAGGGAUGGAGGGUUUAGGCACAGACAUCACCGUCAUUUGCCCUUGGGAGGCCUUCAAUCACCUGGAGCUGCACGAGUUGGCCCAGUACGGCAUCAUCUAACCUGUAGCCACCAGGUGUCAGUGUGACUGUGGGACUGUUCUAACACCGACUGUGACAAACACGACACCAGAAAGACAAAAAGAAAGAACCUGUCGCGGAUUCUUCUGCUGCUGCUCCUGCUCUGCUCACCUGUGACAUUUAAACCUGAUGACUUCACUGGAUCUUCACCAGCUCUCUCUCUCCUUUCUUCUUCUUCUUCUUC